AUGAAAGCUUCUAAAGGUUUCACCAUGGAGCGUUAUGAUCGCGCUAUUACAAUCUUCUCACCUGACGGACACCUUUUCCAAGUCGAAUAUGCACAGGAAGCCGUGAAGAAAGGCUCAACUGCUGUGGGUGUACGAGGAAAGGACUGUGUCGUGAUCGGAGUGGAGAAGAAGUCAAUUCCGGCACUUCAGGAUGACAGAACGAUCCGAAAAAUCCAUAUGAUCGACGACCAUGUCUUUCGGCCGACGCGCGUGUGCUCGUCGUCGAUCGCGCUCGCAUCGAAUGUCAAUCGUACAAAUCCUGUGACAGUGGCAUAUAUUUCGAGGUAUAUCGCAAAUACCAAGCAGGCUAAUUCUACUGGUCGUGGUGAGAAACCCGUUCGUGAGUACUUGGAAGAACAUUACGGAGAUGACACUAUAAAGGACGAGGCAUCCACUCUCAAACUUGUAGUUAAGGCCCUUUCUCAGGUAGUUCAAUCGGGUGCUCAAAAUAUUGAGAUUGCAGUCAUGAAGAAAACCAAUGUUCCCGGCGAGUGCACACAUCGUGUCCUCACAGUCGAAGAAGUGGAAGCUCUGAUGAAAUUGGUGGAACAAGAACGUGAAGCAGCUGAGGCAGAAGAAGCGAAGAAAAAGUGA